UUUUUUUUCUAAUGACAACAUUAACAUUAAUCUAAUUUGUAUUUGUCAUCACCUAAUGGUUAACAAAAAGCGGAAAAGUGAAAAAAUUAAAUCAUCCGAACCUGAUAUUCAAAUUGUUGAAGCAAGAAAACCAACAACUCAACAAACUCUUAUUGCAACAAUUAUACUAUGCAGUUUAACAGUUAUAUUAAUUAUUGUUGGAAUGAGUUUGAAGUUGGCUUAUGGUCCAUCAUUAUACUAUACUGAUGAAAAUUAUUGGCUUGCAGCACUUGGACUAAGUCUGGUGAUAAUCUCUUUUCCAAUUGGAAUCACAGCAACUUGUCUAUUGAAUGCAUUAUUUCGUAUUAAACGUUAUGUUCAAUACACUGAAGCACGUAAACGAUUGUUAGAAAGUCAAGUUACUGAAACCAAUCCGGAUAAAGUUGUUUACUCGUGAAAAAAAUAUUGAUCUUCGAAAUAAUUAUUCAAAAAGGAAGAGAUGUACAGCAAGUCAAAAAGCAUGAUUAUGUAUGUAGAUCGAAAUUUAAAACAGAUAUACUUGUAUAGUUAGAGACUAAGAAUCCUGUUGAAUAUUCUGCGCAACAUAUCAAACAUUACAUUAUAUUUCCUUUUAGUAGAAAUAAUGUUCAAUCUUUGUGAGUGUUAAGCAUAAAACACAUUUGUACAAUAACAAUAUAACAACUUUACAACA